UCCUGCUUGUGCCCCAACUACAAGUCCUAGUUGUAUCACUACUACAAGUCCUAGUUGUACCUCUGCUACAAGUACUGGUUGUGCCCCCACUACAAGUACUGGUUGUGCCUCUACCACAAGUCUUGGUU